AUGCACAAGAAGAAGAGGAGGCUACUGCCAUUUGUGCCAACUGCAGAUAGAGUUCGAAGGCUUGAACAGAUGGCUUCUGCAGCCACUGCAUUGACAUCGUCGAAAAUGGAGUUCAGCAAUGAGCUGACUUAUGUGCCGAGUAUGGCCCCUAUAUCUGCCAAUCAAGCAAAACUGGAGGAAGGUGGUAUGCAGAUACACUUGUUGACUUUCAAGGUUCUUUCAAAAGAGGACAAGGAAACCAUUGAACUUUGCAGAAGCAUGUUGAAAAGAGGAGAAUGCCCUCCUCUUCUGGUGGUUUUUGAUUCCCAUGAGGGCUUCACUGUGCAGGCUGAUGCAUAUAUUAAAGAUCUCACAUUCUUAACUGAAUACGCUGGUGAUGUUGAUUAUUUAAAGAACAGGGAAAAUGAUGGCUGUGAUAGUAUAAUGACCCUUCUAUCACCAGCGGAUCCUUCCCAGAAGCUUGUCAUCUGCCCCGACAAACGUGGAAACAUCGCCCGCUUUAUUAACGGCAUCAACAACCACACUCCUGAUGGAAAGAAAAAGCAGAACGUCAAGUGUGUGAGGUACGACAUCGACGGCGAGUGCCAUGUCUUGCUGGUCGCCUGCCGUGAUAUAGCUCGUGGUGAGAAGCUGUACUACGACUACAACGGGCAUGAGUAUGCGUACCCAACGCAUCAUUUCGUCUAA